CACAGAUCCAUACGUUUCAUCUGCGCGUGUAUCAUCGCUCAUCUAAUUAACGUAGCACAUACGUCAAAACGCGCAAAACUGAACGCUCGCUCUCCCUCGGGCGUACACAAUGUAAUAUCCUGUUCUGAGUGAAGCUGAAAUCGCGACAAGCUCUACCCAGAGCGAAAGCAGCUUUACAGCUACGUGAAUGGGAUUUGUUACAGGUAUCGAUUAUUGCACAUUUCACGUAAUGAUUUUAUUAGAGUAAAAGAUAUAUUACAUCGUACGAUAUCGAUUUAGCCAGAAUUUCUGGAAGCUCUAAUAAUGGCGAGAAGAGCACGCACAGCGAAGGAAAAAGAACGCGCGGCAAAAGCGGUUGCUGUAGUCGAGAAAGCUAGAGCGCAGAUAAUUAAAAAAUUGUCCGAGGAGAUUCGUUUGGAGAAGUAUAAUCUAGAAAAGGAAGUGCUGCUCGCGGAACAGGAGGCAGAGAUCCGUAGGGUUCAAUUGGAGAAGACGCACGAGACUCUUUGUGAAUAUAAAGACGCAUUUGCGGAAUACAUAGCGGCCGUCGAAGAAGAGGAAAAUUGGUUUAGAUAUAUCACGUGUGACGGAUUGCCAGAUCCCGGCAGUUUACCCGAGAUGAAUACCUAUAUAUUUUUAUGGUCCAUGGAAGAUGAGAAAGUUAACAUGAGCAAUUUUAUUGCGAAAUACAAUAUUAUCAUCUACCUAUUAGAGAGACUCGACAACAUAAUACAGUUCUCUGUGACAAGACCGUCCGAUUACAUAGCCGAAUGCGAGACGGUUAGGCAACUAUUUCGAGACAAGCUUCGAGAAUGGACGGACGCGGCAUGUUAUUCUCUUCUGCGUGAGAUAGAGAAGAAUAUGAUUCGGGAGGGUAUAAAAAUGGCGAGAUAUACCUGCGUCUACGAUAAAAUUAUCUACUGCGUUUGGGCUUUGAUAAAAUUGCCUAUCGGACUUAAACAGGUCACCGAUAAGGAUCGAAAACCGAUCGAAGUGCAUUUCAAGGAAUUGGAAUUGACCAUUAAAAUGCCUCUCGAUAUCGAUUGCUAUUGUAUGGCGAUUCGGGCAUUGUGGCUAAAUCACGAUUAUUACUCCGAUUCCGCGUACUCAAACAUCAUGCCGAGAUUGCCAGACGAAUAUGAAUACAUGUACACUAUAGAUUUUCGUACUUAUUGCCAAAACGAGUAUGACGCGAAAAUGAAAAUACACGAGGAUCAAGCCGAGGGCCGUAACUUGCGACUUCAAGAAAAAAAAGCUAAACUCGAGAAGGUAGAGGCCCCGGUGAGACCGCCUCCUCGAGAGUUGAGACUCGAGAAUAGAGAAAAUCAAAAGAAAGUGAGCAUACCGGGUGCGAAGCAUCUGGAAGCGGAACUGGAAGUAGAAAAGUUACCGUAUCUACCUACAGCGGACGAGAUUAUUUUACAAAGAGAGGACAAAAUGCGAAAAGAGAUUAGAAAAUUACUCUUUACGCGAUGCGAAAAGACGGAGAUAAAUUUGCGAAAAUACAGGAUACUAGGCGGUGUAUUACACAUCGAUUUAGUUUAUCAGCCGCCUCAACCCAAGGAUAUGAGCAAAGAUGACAUGAUGCUUACCAUAUUACAAAUUCCCAAGAAAUUGAAAUACGUACCAUUCUGUAAACCGUACAAGGCACCACCACCGGCACCCGAUUCUGAAAGAACACCGGAAGUGAUCGAAGCAGAGAUGAAAGCUUUGGAGGCUGCGAUGGAGGCACUGGUUUUAGUAACUUUCAAACUUCCCAGUUCUAUUAUUUGGUUUGAACCGCCAUUGGUGGCACACUGGAUACCUGAGAAAAACUUAUGGUCCACGCAGGACGUGCACGAUAUCAAGUACAAUGAGGAGAAGCAGACUAUUACAUUUAGAACCGGCAGACUGGGCAUUCAUGGUCUCGCUGCUUUCAAGUUUGUCAACAUCCCCUUUCAAAGUUGGGAGCUCAAGCCUGAAAUGGGGAGAAACGCGCGCGGCGGAGUUGUAUUUAAUAUAUCCGGCGCCAUCAUCCAAGCAGAAUUUAUCGUCAGGGAGGAUUUGGUCUGUCUAAAUUCGUUGGCUGGCGGUAUGUCAACGGCGCUCAAAGAAAUGAUUGGAGAAUAUAUGAAGCUGUAUCUCUUGAUUGAGAAGAUGCGUAAUGCCGGAUGCGAUCUGUUUCCAGAGCGAGAUGCCUUCAGUUAUAUGAAGACUUUUUCGGUAAAGCAUCCAGUAACAGAGAAGCACUUACGAGAAUGUAUCUCUUUGCUUUGCACGAUAUACACAUUUUCUUGGUCACGCUGGAACGCUACUCGAAAUUUCAGGGAAAUUGUUAUACUAUUCAAAGAACACCACGGAUGUGUCGCGAAAGAGCGAGCAAACUUGACUCUUUUGGUGACUCCCUCGCGAACGAUGGCAGUAUCCUGUACCGAAGUGAGCCCAGAAUUUUCCGAUGUACCUCUGGAUGGUGAAAAUGCAAAGUUUUAUGCUGAUCUGUAUCACUUAGCGCUACAGAAUGCCGGGAUCAAAAGUCGACUUUUGAUGAGAAAUGUCUCUUUUAAACUUGCCACUACUGUGAUGGAACUUCUGGGUUACACUAAUGUAAUCAACAUGUCAUCUUAACAAGUGUU